CCACACACAUCAGCUGCCGGGACAGGGCAGCUCCUCGCAGCUCCCACACAGAGACCCACGUUGCCAGGUGUGGUUGUGCCCUUGGCCCGAUGGACCCCAUGCGGCGGUCCCCCUCCCCCUGCUCGUCACGGCCGUCCAGCCCCAGGACUCCACCCUGUGAGAUGUUCGGACACGUGGGCAUCGAGGCCGUGCUGGACCAGCUGAAGAUCAAGGCCAUGAAGAUGGGCUUUGAGUUCAACGUCAUGGUGGUGGGGCAGAGCGGGCUGGGCAAGUCCACCAUGGUGAACACACUAUUCAAGUCCAAAGUGUGGAAGUCAUCGGUGCCGGGCCUGGGGGUGCCCACACCCCAGACGCUGCAGCUGCACUCCGUGACCCAUGUCAUCGAGGAGAAGGGCGUGAAGCUCAAGCUGACAGUGACCGACACUCCCGGCUUUGGGGACCAGAUCAACAAUGACAAGUGCUGGGACCCCAUCCUGGGCUACAUCAACGAGCAGUACGAGCAGUACCUGCAGGAGGAGAUCCUCAUCACCCGCCAGCGCCACAUCCCCGACACGCGGGUGCACUGCUGCGUGUACUUCGUGCCGCCCACCGGACACUGCCUGCGGCCCCUGGACAUCGAGUUCCUGCAGCGGCUAUGCCGCACUGUGAACGUGGUGCCCGUGAUCGCCCGGGCGGACAGCCUGACCAUCGAGGAGCGAGAGGCCUUCAGGCACAGGAUCCAGCAAAACCUGAGGACUCACUGUAUUGACGUGUACCCGCAGAAGUGCUUUGACGAGGACAUCAAUGACAGGGUCCUCAACAGCAAGAUCCGGGACCGGAUCCCCUUUGCUGUGGUCGGGGCUGACCGAGAGCACCUAGUGAACGGGAAGUGUGUCCUGGGCCGGAAGACCAAGUGGGGCAUCAUCGAAGUGGAGAACAUGGAGCACUGUGAGUUCCCCCUCCUGAGAGACCUGCUCAUCCGCUCCCACCUUCAGGACCUGAAGGACAUCACCCACAAUGUCCACUACGAGAACUACCGUGUCCUCAGACUCAACGAGAGCCACCUGCUGCCCCGCGGGCCCGGCUGGGUGAACCUGGCGCCGGCAUCCCCCGGACAGCUGACCAACCCCAGGCCCUUGAAGGUCUGCAGGCAGGCCCAGGACGACUCCGAAGAUGAGUUCUGAGCAGCCUCACAGCCUGGGGGCCUCAGUACUCCUGCCCCAGCACACACUUGUGUGCAGAGCAUCUGUUAAAGGUAGACCUUGCUUUUUAUGAAAAGCUGUACUUUGAAGACA